AUGAUGGAGCAUAAAAUCGAGGACAAGCCUGCCCCGGAGCAACGUGUCUCCAAAGACCUUGCAGAUGGCGAGAUUAUCAAGGCUGGAGAUGCUCUGGCUGAUGACGAGGAGCUGACCAUCGCUUUGGCAAACUAUGUGCCUGAUACAUUGGAGGAAAGACGCCUUGUUCGCAAAAUCGACUUUACUCUUCUUCCUUGCCUCUGGUGGAUGUAUGUCCUUGCGUACUUGGAUCGUGGAAAUAUUGCGAAUGCAAAUGCAGCUGGCAUGAGUGAGAGUCUUAACAUGAAAGACAACGAUUACUCGCUCCUUGUGUACCUGUUCUUCGUUGGCUACUUCCUCUGCGAAGUCCCCUCCAACAUGAUCAUGAACAAAUGCCGCCCAUCGAUUUACCUUCCAACUAUCGUCUGGGUCUGGGGCUGCAUCGUCAUUGCCCUCUCACAAGCCAAGAACUACAAGGGCUUCCUUGCCGGACGAUUCUUCCUCGGUUGUAUUGAGGCUGGUCUUUUCCCCGGUGCCAUCUACCUCUUGACAUGCUGGUAUACUAAGAAAGAGAUUGGCAAGCGAUUCUGUAUCUUUUACACAUCUGGCUGCAUCGCCCCCGCUUUGGGUGGCAUAAUGGCCGGUGCUAUCGUCAAAGCUCUUGAAGGAGUCCGAGGCAUUCCCGGCUGGCGCUGGCUUUUCAUCGUCGAAGGCGCCCUCACCGUCUUCUGUGGUUUCGGUCUAUACUUUCUCCUGCCAGACUAUCCCCGCAACGCCCGCUACUUCUCUCCCGAUGAGCGCCGCCUUGCUCAGAUUCGAAUUCUCGUCGAUCGACAAGUCAGUGUCGGCAGCACGACCCGUCGUAUGACCUCAUGGCAAGCGUUCAAGGCUGUUGUGACUGAUGGAAAGACGUGGUUCUUCCUCAUUGCCUACAGUAUCGUCAUCCUUGGAAUGUCCAUCUCAUACUUUGUUCCGACCAUUCUCAAGACAAUGGGCUACACAAAAGUCACUGCACAGUGGAUGACCGUCCCCAUCUGGAUUACCGGCGCCGUGUGCCAGUUGGCUCUGUCUUGGACUUCAGACAAACUUCAAGACAGAAGAUGGCAUAGCUGCGGUCUUUACGGUCUGGCCGCCGUCGCAUGCAUUAUCUCGGCGUUCGUCCACUCUGCCAUCGCCAAAUAUGUCAUGAUGUGUCUGCUCGUCGCCGGACUCUACACCGGUCUACCUCUCAUGCUCAACUGGACAAGCGAGUCGAUCCCUUUCCCCGACCAGAAGCGUUCCAUCGCCAUCGCAUUUGUCAACUCUUUUGGCCACUUGGCCAUCAUCUAUGGAAGCUACCUCUGGCCCAGCGCCAACGCUCCUCAGCAUUUGGUGGGCUUUGCUACCCUGACAGCUACCUGCGGCUUCGGAUGUGUCAUCGCGAUUGUUGCGCCAUGGUACUUUGAGCUUCUGCCCAAAGAGCCGGUUACCAAGGCCGAACGAGAGCUAGUAGCUCUUCAACAGCAGGACCAGCAAAUACAGGAGUCCUGA